GGCAACGUGUUCUGUGUGUACAUAGUAGCAAGACAACAACGUGCCUUUGACAGAAGAGACACAGGAGUCAGAUCAUCUAAGUCUGACACUUAGAGAAAGGACCAGGAACCGCUGCGAAUUCAAACACCGAAGAAGAGACCAGAGGAGCUGACAAGGUGUUACAAAGAAAAAGGGAUUCUGACAUGCACUGGCAGAAAUCACCGAAGGAGAAGCCGUGUUACACUCUUCCCACAGUGAAGAAACUCCUGGAGCAGAAGAGGAAGAGGGAGACCUCCUCGACGGCAACAACCAGUACCGGUGUCCCCACUGCCACUGUCCUCUCCCAACAGGUGUCAACACCAGAGAAGCCUACCUCAACAGGUGUAGCCAGCAGCUACUCAGACAUGGCAGUGGGGUAUGAGAGAUGGGGUCCUAUGGAUGAGCACCAAGCCCUCUCGGCCAUACAUGAAGGUCCAUUCUCCCCUAUGGGGAACAAUUACUUCUCCAGCCCAUCCUCCUCAAUGGACUACAGCCAUACUCCGGCCUACAGCCCUCAGAUGGCCUCCAGCUACAACACACAGCAGAUUCAGGACUACCCAGACACCAGGAUGCCUCAGCAUUAUACGGAGUGUCCAGUGACCGAGGCUGUGUCUAGUUUGGUUCCUUCAGGGCCCCUGCAGACCGCUGUCUUCUCCUGGUCGUCGGGGGCCCUGGGCCCCACAGAGCCUGUCCAGCAGGUGUUUAGUGGCCAGAUGGAUGUCAUUAAGCUGGAGGAAGCCAGGAUGUUCCUCAGAGGGAUGGACUACAGCAGAACCACCUGGCAGGAUGACGACGGAGACACGAUUCUGCAUAUCUACACAGCCAAGGGCCUGAGGGAGUAUGCAUUCGCUGCAGCAGAGAGACUUGCUGAGCUGGGCAGGCUAGACUCCAAGGAACACAAGGGGAAGACUGCUUUGCUGGUGGCGGUGACUGCUAACCAUCCGGAAAUCGUCCAGGAUCUGUUGUCUUUAGGAGCGGAUAUAAAUGCCUGUGAUGUCAAAGGUCAAACAGCACUUCAUCUUGCUGCCACCUAUGGCUUCCCCAGGGUUAUGCAGGUUAUUCUCUCCAUUGGGCCUGGAGUGAACCUGGAGGCUCGCAAUUUUGAAGGUCUGACUCCUCUGCACUGUGCAGCCAUCUCCCACAGUAGCACCAUGAAGACUCUCUCCUCCCUCUCCUCCACGGGGCUGGGUGAUGCCAGCCUCCAUGCCCUGGCAGAGGAGAAGCUCUCCUGGCUGCAAAUGCUACUCAACACCGGAGCCUCUCUGACCAGCCAGGAAAUUAAAAGUAACAAGACUGUUCUUCACCUGGCUGUGAAGGAGGGGAACAUCCAGCUGGUUCGCCAUCUGCUGAAGACCCCCCUGGACAACAUGAGGGACUUUGUCAACAUGAAGGCCCAUGGUCAUACUGCGCUGCAUAUGGCUGCUGGUCUCCAUGGCAGCCCACACCAAGAGGAGAUGCUGAGGCUGCUGCUGGGCCGAGGGGCCGACCCCAGCAUCCGCAACCUGGAGAACGACCAGCCUGCACACCUGCUGCAGAGUGGACCCCACGGGGAACAGCUCAAGCUCAUACUGAAAAAGCGAAGUGCUUCCUCUCGUCGACGUGUAAUGUCCUUACAGGACCAAGAGUGAACCGGACUAGUUUUUAUGUCCCUGUGUAUCCCUCCACCUCUUUUCAGAGGAAGUACUGAAGGUCUGUACUGUAGGUUGAAUCCAGACAUCUGUACUUCCAAGAGGGAGGGAUUCUAGCGUAUCUUCAUGUGAGGAUUUUUAAACAACGGAAAUCUCUAAUAUAUACUAGGGCAUUCACUUUGAAACUAUAUGUUUGAUUGACAUGAUUUUGGUCACUAUCUGAAUUCAGUUCUGAAUUUAAUGGCUAGCUAGUAAUGAGCAAUGGUAACUGAUAUUACUGUCACUCAGUACAACCUUGAUUUCUAUGAAAUCGUUUACAUUAUAUUCAAAGCUGCACAGACUCAUUGUGUGAGUACUCCCCAGCCAGAUAUACCUCUUUAGAGGUAUAUCUGAGGAGGGUUUCUAGGCCACCACCCCCACUCAUUCUCUUGUCAAAACUUCCCACCAUGGUCAGAAAUCAUAUUGGUUUGUUGAAAGGUGGUUGUUGUUUCACUAAGCAUGUGACACAGUGUACCAUUGUGUUCAUGCUUUCAAUGUCUUUUAUAACUUAACUAGGUCUUUUCUUUUUAUAUUUGAUAUGCUCACAGCGCUCAUUGAAUAGCUAAUGUAUUGUCAGUGGUGGAAAAUGUGCUCAAAAGUCAUACUUGAAUAAAAGUCAAGAUACCUUAAUAGAAAAUGACUCAAGUAAAAGUGAAAGUCACCCAGUAAAAUAUUACUUGAGUAAAAGUAAAUAUACUUAAGUAUCAAAAGUAAAUUGAAUUGCUAAAAUUUACUUUUUUUAAGUUUACGGAUAACCAGGGGCACACUACAGCACUCUGACAUUAAUUUACAAACAAAUCAUUUGUGUUUAGUGAGUUCUUCAGAUCAGAGGCAGUAGGGAUGACCAGGGAUGUUCUCUGUUUAGUGAGUCCGCCAGAUCAGAGGCAGUA